AUGACAGCACAAGGCACCAAAGACCUCGCCAAGGCCAGGUCCCAACUCACCUUUGACCCAACAUCCCUCACCGCAGCACUCUACCCAGCAACCGGCCGAACACGCGCUCAAACAGACCACCUCGUCAGCAUUGUUUCAAAAGAAGCCAUCUUCAAUAAAGAUGAUCGACGGUACAUGAACCGCGUUGAACUCCUUCAACGCGCGUACGCUAUGCAACUCCGCUUGACACAGCUGUGUAAGCAGCAUGGAUGGGAUUAUGAGACAUUAUUGGGUGCGAUGGGGUUAUUGGAUGAUCAUGUGCCCUUUGGUUUACAUUAUACUGCGUUCGUGCCUGUUGUCAAGUCUCAGGGCAGUGAUGAACAGAUUGCUCAAUGGCUACCACGGUGUAUGAAUCUAGAAGUCGUUGGCUGCUAUGCACAAACAGAACUCGGCCAUGGCUCCAAUGUUCAAGGUCUAGAAACACGCGCAAAGUAUGACCAUGCAACAAAGACAUUCGCCCUCUCCUCACCCUCCCUCACUGCAACGAAAUGGUGGAUCGGAGGCCUGGGCACCAUGGCGAACCAUACCGUCCUCCAAGCACAACUCUUCAUGAACAAUAAAAACCUCGGACCACACCUAUUCAUUGUUCCCGUACGAGACUUGAAGACGCAUGAACCCUUGCCUGGCAUCACAGUCGGUGAUAUCGGUCCUAAACAUUACGGUGGUUUCGCCAUGGUUGAUAAUGGUUUCCUGCGCUUCUCAGGUGACGUUCGUAUUCCUGCAAGUAAUAUGCUGUCUCGGUAUGCGCAGAUUGAUGCAGCUGGCCAUUAUCGACCUGCAGGACAUGCUAAAAUCGGGUACGGCUCCAUGGUUGCAUUACGUGCAGGGAUGCCCUUUGUUCUCGGUACAGAGCUCGCAAAAGGCGUCACCAUUGCGAUUCGGUAUACCACUGUCCGUCGCCAAUUCGCACCCGCUGCACCCAUUGUGACGGAUAAACUCGAAGAUGGCGUUGCUCCCCCUAAACCUGCUCCGAUGAUUGAACGACAGGUGAUUGAGUAUGGAAGUGUGCGAGAGCGACUCGUUCCAUUGCUUGCAAAAUCAUACGUCUACAUCUUGACAGGUCAUGGUGUGGGUAAGAUGUACAAAGAGAUGCUUGCAAAACUCGUUGCACCACCGCAUGAUGCCUCCAGACUCGCUGAAGUCCAUCUCGUUACCUCUGGAUUGAAAGCCGCACUCUCGUGGUCUGUUGUGCAAGGAUUGGAAGAAGCGCGCAAGAGUAUGGGUGGUCAUGGUUUCAGCAGUUAUGCAGGUAUUGGUGAACGUUUCGCAAAGGAAGUUCCCGGCCAAACGUACGAAGGGGAUAACUACGUCCUUGUCCAACAAACAGCGCGUGGUCUCCUCAAAUGUGUUGCACAAGUUGCAAAGGGACAAGGCAAUCAACUCGAUCCAUCCACGCAAUUCAUGCAAGAGGCAUUGAUGAAUCUUCAGCAACGCAGUACAGGUAAGUGGGAUUGGACGGAUCGUACUGCCUUGCGACGGGUACUUGAUCUUCGUUGUGCGGCACUCGCUGCGAACCUUGCGAAGAAGUUGCAACAGGGUGAAGACUUCGCUGUACUCAACCUCGAGUGUGCACGACUCACCAUGGCAUUCGCGGAUUGUUAUUGUGCAGCAACUGCAUUGCAGACUAUUUCUACCCUCCCGGACGCUUCUGUGCGAGCGAGGCUGGAAGGACUCGUGGAGAUCUUUAUGCUUGAGCAACUUAAAGCGAGUGCUGGUGAUUUGGCAGAAUUCGACAUCACAACAGGUGGUGCGGAUCUACGCGCUUUACGGCAGCAUGCACAAGUCACGAUGCAAAAGCUGACUGUGGAUGGUGGAUUGAUUGGGUUGACGGAUGCGUUUGGUUUCACCGACUGGGAGCUCAAUAGUGUUUUGGGAAGAGCGGAUGGCAAUGUGUAUGAGAGUUUGUGGAAGCAUGUCAAUGAGCGUAAUCCUGUCAACCAGCAUCGUGUGGUGCCUGGUUGGAAGGAGCACAUCAGGCCACUUCGAGAUGUUCACGCUGGCCAGGUCAAGGCUCUGCUGUAUUCCAUUCUUCAUCUCGACACACCACGACCUCUACCCUUCUCUAGCUACACGAUGGUCUUUUCCCGUAUAGGACAAGCUGUGAUUCUCUCCACUACCAUGUUCUGUCUUGGUUGUUUGCUCAUGAACUGGACCGUCGACCACAAGACACUUUGGGAAUCAGGCCCAACACCCGCUGCUUUUGAUGCCGCUGAACACCAUUAUCGCAGCCUCUACCAAGUCCCUCAUGUAGUCAAGCACACACUGCAUACCAUCAUUGGUGUAGGCAUUCUAGCGCAUGUCGUCAAGAUGCACAAGGGAAAUCAGAGCAACACGCUCUUUGAUGGUGGAUCGCUCGUAUUGACCAUGAUUGCUGUUAUGUUGUAUGUCAGCAACUUGGUCAAGGGCAUCGAAGCACUCGCUCUACAAGCCUAUGAGGACCUCACACGGGAAGAUUCCAUUCGAGUGAUUGCAGCAUCGAAUGUCAUCCUCGGGCUCGUCUUAUUUGGUGUGUUGGUUUUACAGAUUGGACAGGGCUAUGCAGAGCAAGUUGCUGAGCGCGAGCAACUUGAGUUUGAGAAGGAGACGAAUAGUGCGAAGAAGACUGAGUGA